AUCCUGGACCAAAGCCUUUUUGGUCCUCCUUGUGCCAUCACUUACAGCUCUGAGGGAUGGAUGCUGAGCCAAGAUCUGGUGCAUCCCCUAUCAGAUGUGUUGUUUUAUUUUAUUUAUUUCUUUGUUUUUCCUGAAGGGAGGGAAAGCUGGUGUAUUUGGCACUUGUGCAAGCAAACAUGAAAUAAUGGAGGAGGGGAAAAAACAGAAGAGGAAGGAGUCCCGUGGUAGUGGCAGUAAAUAAAAACAAAGCUUUUGUUAAUGACUUAUAUAGAGGAAUCAUUUUCAACACAUUUCAGAGAGCAGAUGGAAAUGUUUGAUCAGAGGGAGAAGGAGAGAUUACUGCCCUACCACGACGGUGUUAGAAGGAGGCUACUGUGUCUGAUGGCAGCUUUCCAAGAGCAGAGGCAAUCUAGGAAAGUUUGGUAACACAGAUGAUGGAAUUGUACAGAGCUUUGCUUUCUGUGGCUGGUCUCCGUGCCAAUAUCCUUUCCCUAAAUACCCAUAAAACUUUCCAUUUGUAGCUUGGAGUGGCUUCCAGUACCUCCAGGAUGGUGCACUUGGCAAGAGCUGGGUAGAAUGGAGAUAGCACUUGAAGUCCCCUUCUCAUGCAUGUUGCCUCUUUUUCCCAACAAGUUUUAUGGCUCUUGUUGCUGGAAUAAGCUUUGUCCUCAUAGCAGCACGCACUGCUGCACCCAGCAGAGUGCUCAGGAUAUUCUGCUGGUUAAUCUCGGGAGCUACCUUGGGAUACACAUCAUGCUGAGAGUGACGAUGCAUAGUCUGGAGGCUCAGCAACCUGGCGCUGACCCCACGUAGGCAAAUCUCCUGGCUCGGCUCUUAGUGUUAUAAUGAACUGGAGCACAGUUGGCAUCUCACUCUGCUUUUUAGUGUCCCGGAGGCCUAAUCUGCACAAGGAUGAUGGGUAACAAUGCAAGGGUGAUGUUUUUUUUUGUCAUUUUUAUGACGCUCUCUGACAUCACUAUCCCUUGAUUCAGAGGUGUGAAUCCGGUGAAUGGAGCCCAGCUUUGCAGCAACAUUGGCCUCGGAGAGCACAAGUGGGACGAGGUUUGUCUUUCAGGGACCAGCAGUGAGCAGCAGGAGAUGUUUACAGGCCAGCGCAAAGCUGGGGAGAUGCAGGAUAUGAGGAAGAUGGAGAAGUCCAGGAGGCUGAAGCUGAACCAGAGCCUGAAGUUUCCCCAGUGACUUCAACAGGGGAGCGCAAGAGUGUGUGUACAUUGCGUCUCUCUCCAAGGAGAUUAACAAUGCCAACUGGCAGAUAAAUAGGACAGCCUUUUUUUUGAUUGGGCCGGUUGGAAGAGGAAGGUAACCCUGACUCCCAUCACCUCCAUAGGCACAAAGGAGAGGCAAGGUGCAAGUGGCAGAUCUGAUCUCUUCUGAGCUCUUUGCAGCCUCUGGGCGACUAGGCCGUUGAACUCGGUGGACGGUUGCCAUCUGUUCCCUGGGAUCCUACCUGCCCUUUCUCUCCCCGUCUCCUCCUGUGCACCCCUUCCCUGUGAUAAAACUCCAGUGCACUGCGGUACUGCCAUGGAGCCCAGGGAGACUUUGGGCAGCUCCCGGCAAAGGGGAGGCGAGGCGGAUUUUCUGCCGGCCUCUGUCACCUCUGCCAAGCCUCCGCCAGCCUCUGGCUGCACGGGGGAGACGAUGCUGCCUGCGGCAGGCUCGGGAAAAGGGAUCCCAGUGAGUGGAGAGCGGAUGGAGCCCGAAGAGGAGGAUGAGCUGGCUUCUGGGAGAGAUGUGGAUUCCACUUCCAACGCGGACAGUGAGAAAUGGGUGGCAGGAGAUGGGCUGGAGGAGCAGGAGUUUUCCAUCAAGGAAGCUAACUUCACAGAGGGGAGUUUAAAACUAAAGAUCCAGACCACCAAGAGAGCUAAGAAGCCCCCAAAGAACUUGGAGAACUAUAUUUGCCCUCCUGAGAUCAAAAUCACCAUCAAGCAGUCUGGGGAGCAAAAGCUUUCCAGAGCUGGGAAAAAUAGCAAAGCAGUGAAGGAGGAGGACAGAUCGCACUCCAAAAAGAAGGGAAAAGUCAUCGGAGAUGCAAAACUGCUCAUGAGUUGUGGUUGCAGAAAAGGGAAAAAUGCUCAAGUGAAAGACUCGGAUCAGAGCCAGAUGAAGAAUUUGGGAAGAGAGUGUGGGUUCCCUGUGCAGAGUCCAGUGACGAAAUCUGUGAACAAGGUAUAUGACAGGCCACAAAAACAUUCUGCUCUGCACUAUGAUCCAGGCCUCCAACAAGACUUCACCGGUGACACCUUAAAAUCAAAGCACCAGCAGAAAAGUAGCAACCAGCACCAUCUUGACUGGUCAGCAAGCUCCGAUACUGGAUCCACUUCUCAAAGUUGCUUCAUCAACACAGAACCCAGUCGAGAAGCAGUUAGUGCCACCAAGGCCACCGCUCCAGAGCCAGGAGUUUCCUUCAGCAAAUCCCAAGCAAAGAAGACCUGUGCCAGCAGCACAUGGGGGCAGCUGUCAGCCAGCAGCAAAGAGCUUGCCAUCUGCAGUGCAGUCCCAUCACCCAACAACAUUAGUGCGGCCGCCCAGCCAAGCAGCGCUUCUGAGUGCAACCGGCUGUUGCCUCUUGGUGAUCAAGAGGGAGGUGUGCAGCUGGAGGCCCCCGAUCAGCCUGCUGGGAGUACAAAGAAGAAGUCCAGCAAAAAGGACUUGAUAAGUCAAACCAUCCAAACUGCAGACAUCGAAUGGGUGAAGAGUGCUCAGAAAACAUUUGAUAGCAAAUCCCAUGACAGCAUGGAAGGAAAAAAGGAGUCGUACUCGAUGGACACUAUGUUGGAUGCAUCACCCUCAAAGCAGAAUCCCACUUCUGCUAGCAGUUGUGAAAGUGACACCAGUCAUGUACGAAUUACUAUCCCAAUAAAGUCUCCGACAACAGAUUCAUCUGGCCACAAAAGGAAAAAAAGGCAAUCUACAAAAUCUUCCAUGGAGAAAACUAUCCAGGAGAAAAGCCUGCCUUCUGCACUUGCUAUGAGCAGUGAAGUAGCAAACAGGACUAGCUCUCAUUCAGAGGGGAGUAAAAAAGAUCUUCGAGCCACAAAGCCAGGGAAAGUGAUUGAAAAUGAGUCCCCCUUAGUAGCUAUUGACAGCAGUGUGCUUACUGACAAAGCUUCCCCCAACAGUGCCACCCGACUCAGAAAACCUGUAGCUGUGACACCCACUCUCCUAUCCACCGAUCUUCCCACAGCUAGCAAAUUAUCGGAAGUCCAGCACCCCAAACUUGCAGCUAAGCGGCGAUGGACCUGCAGCAAACCUAAAUCUAUCCUUCGGGAGACCUCCAUGACAACAUCGGAGAAGCUGAUGGUGGAGCCUCCUUCAGCCUAUCCCAUCACACCAUCUAGCCCUCUGUAUACCAAUACAGACAGUCUUACUGUGAUCACACCUGUCAAGAAAAAAAGAGGACGACCAAAGAAACAGCCUUUGCUCACUGUUGAAACCAUUCAUGAGGGAACCUCUACCAGCCCAGUGAGUCCAAUCAAUCGUGAAUUUCCAGGAACAAAGAAAAGGAAGAGGAGACGGAAUCUGGCCAAGUUGGCCCAGAUGGUCCCAGGAGAGGACAAGUCCAUCAGUGAACUCAAGUUUCACAAAAAGGUCGGGAAGCUUGGGGUCUUGGAUAAGAAGACUAUCAAGACCAUUAACAAGAUGAAGACCCUCAAGAGGAAGAAUAUUCUCAAUCAGAUCUUGUCCUCCUGCUCCAGCAGCAUAGCUCUGAAAGCGAAAGUCCAGCCACCAUCUAGUGCUGGGCCAACAACCAUUGAUGCCAGGCUAGGGAAGCAGAUCAAUGUCAGCAAGAGGGGGACUAUCUACAUUGGUAAAAAACGGGGCAGGAAGCCAAGAGCAGAGCUGCAGCCUCAACCAGAAGAACCUAAGACAGUCAUCAAGCACUCAAGGCCUGUUUCCAGCCAGCCAGAAAACCCAGCAGUGCCUUCCAACCUGCAGUCACUUGUGGCAUCGUCACCAGCAGCUAUUCAUCCGCUUUCGACACAGUUAGUGGGGACUAAUGGCAACCUUAGCCCUGCAAGUACUGAAACAAAUUUUUCAGAGUUAAAAACUAUGCCAAAUCUUCAACCUAUCAGUGCUCUUCCUACAAAAACCCAGAAAGGAAUGCACAGUGGAACUUGGAAGCUGUCUCCACCCAGGUUAAUGGCUAAUUCACCUUCCCACCUCUGUGAAAUAGGUUCUCUGAAAGAAGUCACGCUGUCGCCAGUGAGUGAGUCUCACAGUGAGGAAACCAUACCGAGUGACAGCGGGAUAGGUACAGACAACAACAGCACUUCUGACCAAGCCGAGAAAAGCUCAGAAUCCCGCCGGAGAUACUCCUUUGAUUUCUGCAGCCUGGACAAUCCAGAGGCUAUCCCAUCCGACACCAGCACAAAGAACAGGCAUGGUCACCGGCAGAAACAUCUCAUUGUGGAUAACUUUCUCUCUCAUGAGAGCAUUAAAAAGCCAAAGCACAAGAGGAAAAGGAAAAGCCUGCAGAACAGAGAUGACCUCCAGUUUCUGGCAGACCUUGAGGAACUCAUCAAUAAGUUUCAAGUGUUCAGGAUUUCCCAUCGAAGUUACACAUUUUAUCAUGAAAAUCCAUAUCCCAGCAUCUUCAGGAUUAAUUUUGAUCACUACUAUCCUGUGCCAUAUAUCCAGUAUGACCCAUUGCUCUAUCUUCGCAGAACCUCUGACAUGAAGUCUAAGAAGAAGCGUGGUAGACCUGCCAAAACCAAUGACACCAUGACAAAGGUGCCUUUUUUACAAGGGUUUGGUUACCCUAUUCCCAGUGGGAGUUACUAUGCACCCUAUGGAAUGCCUUACACAUCAAUGCCUAUGAUGAAUCUUGGUUACUAUGGUCAGUAUCCAGCUCCUUUGUACCUGUCUCACACGCUCGGAGCGGCUUCCCCAUUUAUGAGACCUACCGUGCCCCCACCCCAAUUCCAUGCAAGCUCUCAUAUGAAGAUGUCCACCACUGCCAAGCAUAAAACAAAACACGGAGUGCACCUACAAACACCUGUGGGAAUGGGCCUUGGAGACAUGCAGUCCUCUUUGGCUCCUCCAAAGGUCGGAGGAACAAGCCUUUCAAGUGGCCGACUUCACAAAAGGAAACACAAACAUAAGCACAAGCAUAAGGAUGAGCGGAUAUUGGGGACGCAUGAAGAUCUGAGUGGUCUCUUUGCUAGCAAGUCCACUGGCUUCUCCAGCCAUGCGAUCAAUGAAAGACUAAGUGGCUCAGAUAAAGAUCUGUCCUUGCUCAAUGAGAAAAGCAAGCAUAAGGAGAAACAGAAGCACCAGCAUUGUGAAACUGGGCACAAAGGCUCAAAGAGUAACUUUGAAGUGGAUACGCUGUCUACGUUAUCACUUUCUGAUGCCCAGCAGUGGACACAGAGUAAAGAUAAAAGUGACUCAAGCAAUGAUCCCAUUGACUCUUGCACAAAAAGAUACUCUGGUAAUACUGAGAGUAAUGCAAGAUCAGAGUCCCUGGACAUGUUUGGUGAAAUGAAUUCCUCAAGUGAGAAGCGGGACAACGAUGCAAGUGGGAAUAAAAGAAGAAGCUUUGAAGGGUUUGGAACUUACAGGGAAAAGGACAUUCAGCCCUUCAGGACAAAUAGGAAGGACAGAAGUAAUUAUGAUUCUUCGGCCUCUUCAGGAAUUGUAGGACCCCACUUAAAAGCAGACCAGACUUCAGUUCACAGUAAAAUGGAAAGUUCUGCCUGUAACAUGAUGACCAGAAGGAAACCAGCAGCUGUUGACAGUGUUGCAAUGCCAACUCCAGUAUUAUCUCUCCUACCUUCAUCAUCAGCAACAUCUGAAGCAGCCAGCCCACCACUGAAAAAAAGGUUCAAGCGCCGUGAAAUCGAAGCAAUCCAGUGUGAGGUGCGUAAGAUGUGCAACUACACCAAGAUCCUGUCCACAAAGAAGAAUCUGGAUCACGUGAACAAGAUCCUGAAAGCCAAGCGGCUGCAGAGACAAUCAAAGACAGGCAAUAACUUUGUCAAGAAGCGGAGGGGGCGUCCCCGGAAGCAGCCCCUCUCCUUUGACGAAGACUCCAGAGACCAAAUGCCCGUUCUGGAAAAAUGCAUUGACCUUCCCAGCAAAAGAGGUCAGAGACCGACACUGAAUCCAUUGAUAUUGGAGCAAGCAGCCACCCAAGACACAAUCAUGGCCACCAUCGAAGCUGUCAUACACAUGGCUCGAGAGACGCCACCCCUGCCACCUCCUCUCCCUCCUCCCCCCCCGCCACCCCCUCUCCCUCCACCCCGGACACCCCGGGUUGGGAAAAGGAAAAGCAAGUCCCCGCAGGAGGAGGAGGAGGACGUGAAAGUGAAGCGGCACCGGAAAGGCAGAGGAAGUGAAAGCGAAGGCCUCCCGUAAGGCCAGCGCACCCCGUCGGAUGUCGGGUGCUGGCAGCAGGGCGCGCCGGGACUGAUGGACUGGAGGCACGCGGUCUGCUUUGCCCCUGCAGCAGCACCGGACUUGUACCUCAGGUGGCUGAAACCCACCAUGGAGAGCUGUGCCAGCAGGGGUUCGCAUCUUCAUCUUCAUCGCUUCGGCCCCGGUCCCUCAGGAAAGAGGGGGAAAGGGUGAGGGGCUGGAAAGGUAGGGGCGAGGGGGGUGGGGGUGUAAAAAUUGGGGAUACCGUCUACUUUGCAGAGUUUCCAAAACUAAUCAGCAUCUCGGCAUUUCUGUGCUCACACCGUACCCGGAGGUGGGAGGUCGUCCUCGCAGAGAGCUGAAUGUUGUCACUAGGGCUGCAUGCUCGACUCUGAUUCUGGUUGGCGGGCCAGGUGAAACUAAGAGUAACCAUACCAUAGUAGAAAUCACUGAAAAAAAAAAAAAAAAAAAAAAAAGAAAAACGAAAAAAAAAGUUAAAAAAAAGUGUAAUUUUCUCAACUGUGAUCUUGGUUAUAAUCUGUUUGAAUUUUUCUUUUUUUUUCAGUUUUAUAUACCUAUCAAGUUUUGGGGCAGCAUAACCCCAAAUGCCUGACUCCUGCUAGAACUAUAUACUUUUUUUUUCUCAUUUACUUGCCUAGUUACAACUAGCUGCAAUAUAGGCAAUAGAAAAGUAGAGCCUUACACGUGCACACUCUCAUUCUGAGUGCUAUCCCAAGGAACGACGGAAUAUCACAGAAUUUCAAAUAAGGUGUACAUGGAUAUUCAGUUAUGAUAGCAUGUUUCUAUGAAGCAACUUGGCAUUUCCAAUGGCAUGUGAAAAAGGGGUCAUCCAUCAACCAAGUUGUUUUGAUGUUCGGUACAUGUGAGUUGAGAACAGCAAGACACUUCUGGGGAAUAGAGUUAUAGUAAACAUGGACAAAAUCACCAAAAAAAAAAAAAAAAGAUUAAAAAGAGAAAAGAAAAAAGUAGGACAGAAAAAAUAGAGUAAAAAGACAGGGCCCAACCCUACCAGUUCUUACCACUUGCAAUUCCCAGUGAAAUUACGGGAAACCCAGGAUCCGAAUUAUUUGCAUUGGGUAGCAACGCCUUGAUAAGUUCUUUUAAAGAAAAUAGAUAAAAUAGAUUCUUUAAAAAAAAAAAAAAAAAAAAAAAAAAAGAACAAAACCCUAUGGAAAAUAGGUUCUUUCUUGGCAAUUAUUUCUUCAAAAAGAAAAGGAAUAAGUGUUCUUAUCUGAAAAUAAAAAUAAAAUGUUCAAAGGGUAUCACCACUGCAAUUGUAUUAAUGCCACUUUGGACAUGUUCUCCAAGUUGUGGUUGCCUUAAUAAACUAAAAAGAAUUUUUUUUUUUUGUACAUAAUGUAAUUAUAAAGCUCUCAGUCUGCAUGGAUGCAAACUGUGUGUGACAAAUCGUCUCUUUAAAUGGUCAGUUCAAAUUGUACAUUUCUCAUUCGAGUUGUACGUUAACCAUUGAUCUAACUUGGGUAAAACAUCUGAGCUUCAUUUCCACAGCCCAAUCAAAAUGUUUAACUUAAAAAAAGACUGAACGUGAAGCUGUUCCAUUGCAGUAACAAUGCUUUAAAAAAAAAAAAAAAAAAAAAAAAGUCAGUUGUUGAAAUUUGAAAUAGGUACAUUCAACUUUAUUUUAUUUCUUUUUAAAGUCCUUCAGUACACUCAACACCUGGUAUGGCAAGAUGGAUAUUAAAAAUGGGAGGGGGAGGGACGGAAAAUUCCAGUAAGGGAGCGGGGAGUGGAAUUAUUUAAUGAUUCACAAGCCAACUGUUAUUCCCUUUUUUGAGAAAUCUUUCAACUGGCAUAUUGCCAAGGAAACUUCAAAUAGCACGACACUAAAAAAAAAAAAAAAAAAAAAAAGACAACAAAAAAGUCCCCACAAAAAAAAAGUACAUUUUUAUUCUGUUAUUUAUUUACGAAAAUCAUAUCAAGACUAUGGUGUUAAAGGGACACUGUAAACAUACAGCUCAUUAUUCUUAGAGACUGAUUUUUCUUCUGUGAUAGCACCUUAGCUUAUUAAAUCUGAAUGCAUUUGGGGAUGGACUGGGGCUUGGGGGCUGGGAGAGUUUUUUUUUGUGUUUUUUGGGGGGUGUUUUUUGUGUUUUUGUUGUUGUUUGUUUGUGUUUCUUUUUUAAGGCUGGAACAAAUGUUGAGAUCCUAUCUCCUUAAAACUGAUAAGAUGGAUCACAGAAUUUUGUUUCCGAUCUGUUUUGCAUCAUUCAUCAUACUCAUUUGUGCUUUUUGUUUUCCAAUUAAUGCAGCUUAGAAAUAAACUGACUGGUUGCUACUUCUGUUACAACCAACUUCGCUUUUAAGUUCUCUUGAAUCAGUGCAGUGCUAUCGACUAGGCCUGCAGGAAAAAAUGCUUAUGCCUCCUCUAGCUCCUCCCGUCUUCCUUAAAACACAUUGGACUGAGGUUUAGUUGAUUCAGAAACCUUUGGUUUUCCAUCUUUCCCUUGGGCCUGCAAAUAGUUGACAGUGUCUCUUAAAACGUAAGAGGAAAAAAAAAAAAAAAAAAAAAAAAAAAAGUUUGGUAUUCCAGGUAGCCUAUAA